GGCAGGUUGCUGUGGGGUGGUCGGUCGAUUGAUACCGUCCGUAAAUUACCGACACGAUAAGAUAAAACAUGACCAGAAAAUCAAUUAUGAGUAUUUUUGUUUAGUAUAGUUUAGUAUUAGAAAUUUUACAAUUGAGUGCUACUUUUGGUGUUUACGGGCAGCAGGUAGGCGGCAGACGGGAUGAGAGUUUAUUUUCUGCUGUUGUGUGUAUAUAGCGUCGCGAGUGUUAGCGACAAAGAGUCGGAGCUGGAGUCGAAGAGGAGGACAGUACUCGAGCAGCUGACGAAGACGCGUACAGUCCUGCUAGAUGGCUACCACCUGGUUACGCGGCAGAUCGCCACAGAUGUACAUAUGUUUAGAAGUUAUCGCACUGUAUCUGUUAUAUUCUACCCCAUCAUGAGGGAUGUCACGGACGCUCGCUUCACAUUCCAGUCAGAAGAACUUCACUUGAAUAACAUUGGUUCCUGUGAACCCCAAGAUGUGGUCAUAAACAUAAAAAGAGCGUCGUAUCCAGCGGUCAACCCUGACGGCUACGACUUCCCCAAAGACUUCCUAGACCCGGCAUCGAGAGACAAGAUACAUACUAUAGAAAUAUACUCAGACGGCAAAAACAGAACACAUUCUAUAAAAAACCCAAGGCCGGGGAAUUGGUAUGCGUUGGUUUACAUCAAAUGGGAGGAUCCGAGGACGCAGAAAGUUGAACAGCAAGGCUUAGUAGCAGACUGCAACACGAUACUGUACACAGACUUGCAAGUGAAGCGUGAAGACGAGAUCGAACUCAUUGACUGUUACAGCGGCCUCACCAUCGACAGUGCUGACAUACCAGCCAACUUCAAAUGCAUGUCUCUUGACAACGCUUCCCCCAUCAGCUUCAACAUAACCGUCACCAACACAAGCAAUAGUAGCAACAUCCUCUUCAGAGUACAAGCGCUUUCUUUACCAACAGAGGAGGAGUAUCUGAUAACCUGCGCGUUCGAUCCGAAACUCAACAACAUUCAAACAAUAACGUUCAUCCCAAAUCCAAUCUCCUGGCAUUACAUCCAAGUGGAACCAAUUCAGAACACUUCCAAAUACGCCGAUUGUGAGUCAUACUACUACAGAACGGAUAUCGAAGAAACUGACAACCAUACCGUUCUGGAUCUUAUGAGAGAUGACAAAGGUCGAUUCUUUACAUUCGAAUACGGACUGCCCACAACAGACGUUCAAGAUGCAACAAGUCUUAUCAACAUUACUUCCAACGAAAUUAAAUCAGUAAGGUUCAAAGUAAACCAGUUUAUUGAUAUUGGAGGCAACCUAGCGAUAGAAGCAAGUUUGCUAAUGAGCUUGAAAUACUACAUGGGAUACAGAAGGGAGAUGAAAAAAGGUGCUUUACUUGGCUUCACGCAGGAAAACCAGUUCUAUAGAGCCGUCAUUUGUUUAGACAUCGGUCACACCAGUAUACCUUUAGAAACUGGCCAUUGUAAGUACAAUGAUAAAGUUAAACCUGCGCUCUUCGUCCUAAACAGUACGGAUUCAGAGUCUAUUUAUGAGAAAACUAUUAUUCCGUAUCCUGAUAGCGGGACGUGGUAUUUGACGUCAAGACUUUUCUGCGACGAAGUAGUGUGUCCUUGUAGAACCUCACAUAACGGGACCAAGUAUUACGUGGAUGCUGAAGCGGCUGACAAAGAAGGGGAGAAUCUUUCUGGGGAGUUUACGAACUACACAAGAGAAGGAGAGACUAAUUGUAAUGCUACCCUGGUGCUGUCGAUAUCGUCGACGUCUUGCUUGAACGGGCGGUGCAGUAAUCAUGGCAAUUGUCUGCUGAACACGUUUGGAGGACUGGUUAUGUCAUUUUGUUCGUGUUCCGCCGGAUACGGAGGUUGGGACUGCUCAGACGACUCAAGGAUGGACAGCAGGAUGUACAUGUUGAUCGCCGUGCUGCUCCUGACACUGAGCAACCUUCUCUUCUUCAUCUCCAUAUACGUCGCCAUCAUCCGCCUCUACUACACCGAAGCCAUGAUGUAUGCCUUUACCAUGGUCUUUUCAACCUUCUACCAUGCGUGCGACGCGCCUGCGCAAGUAGCCUACUGCAUCACCAGAGGUAAUAUCCUCCAAUUUGGCGACUUCUACUGCGGUAUCAUGUCUUUCUGGGUGACACUCCUCGCCAUGAGCGUUAUUGGAGACAAACUGAGGUCGUCCUUUCAGCUCAUAGGAGCUAUCGUCAUAGCACUUCUGACCACUUGGAACAUGCACUCCUUUGUUGCGUUUAUGCUCCCGGUAGCAGUAGGAGUGUUCGUACUCCUGCUGUCCUGGUUUCUGGACUACAGAAAGACGCGCAGUAUGAGCUACCACAGGUCGUAUUACACCAGACAUUUGCCGUUCGGUAUAGCGCUCGUGUCUGUCGGCUUAAUCUGCUACGCGUUCUUGCAAACUGAACAAAAUUACAAAAUUAUACAUUCUAUUUGGCAUGCGAUUAUUGCAUUAAGCGUGGUGUUUUUACUACCAGAUGUGAAGAGGGAGGGUAGCCCCAAUCCGUUCCUUCCAAGCUCCAACUAUUGUAAGUUACCGUUCCGUAGAAUUUUCAGUCGAUCUCCAGCCCCCGCAACGCCAGGGAACCAAUCAUAGGACAUAAUCUGGUGCAAAUAUUCAGAAUCGAAUGAAGUAAUAUUUGACGUUGAGAGUGAAGUGAACAAAUUAUGAUUAAUGACAAUUUUUAAUGUUAAAUAUUACUUUAUUGAUUAGUCAACGAUAGAUCGUUUGUUAUUGCUGUGUCAACGUUAUAUUCAAUGGCGCACCAGACAAUUUAAGCGCAACAAACGAACGUUUGGAUACUUAUUUUUUUAUGACUAUUGCCACAGGCAUGUAUAAUCUUUCAUUAUACUUAUCUUAAUGACAAAUAUGGCACCCUAACGUCAUAGUCAUCACUAUUUUACGUUUCAUAGGACUGGAAAUUAUACCGUUUUAACUUAACCUGCAGAUUUGACAGGUCCAGUUUUUUACAGAAGCGACUGCCUGUCCAAUUACAGUUUAAGUCACAUACCUCAGAAAACAUAUUUUCGGUUAUAAUGUAGGUUUCCUCAGGAUGUUGUCCUUCACCGCUAAGCACAUGAUAAUUAUUUAAGAUCUAAAUAUGAAUUCGAAAUCAAAAUCUAAACUCAUUGGUUUAGGCCGCGCUAGAUUUGAACCUGCGAGCCCACAAUGAGAGCCAAGCGUUUUUCCAACUAAGCUACAACAGCUCAAAGUAAACUAAGGUCAUUCAUUCAUUAAAUUUAUAAAGUAUAUUAGGACAAGUCCAAAAAAGGAUAAUAAAAGGUCGCCAUACCAAAAAGUCGCCGAUUUAAAUUUUACUGCAUAAUUUCCAUAUUAUGUCCUGUUGUGGUAUACAAAGUGUCUGGUCCGCCAUUGUAGUAGAACCACAGGAUAGCAAUUUGUACCUACUCUAUCUAUCGUUGUGCAUAUAUUUGACAUUUGUUUGCAUUGCGCACUUACUACGCAUAUCAAAUUGCAAUAUUGCUUUCUUAGAUGAAUUCCUUCGAUGUGGCCAUUUUAACCAGUUCACAGCAAUUAGUUUAAAUAUUUCAAUAAAAUGACAUUUUACAAUCGUCUCAAUGCGCGGUAAAAGUUUGAUCUGUCAAAAAGUAGGUACGUAAACUAGAGUUGUGACUGUGACGUUCAUUAACAUAGUGAUGUAUCAGUCGAUAUUAGGUUGAUCGAUUAUUUUCUAUCUAACAAUUGUUUACUUGCAAAUAAAUAUAUUUUUUUCUGGAUUGAAGCUAGCUUGUCUGCAUCUAGGUUUUGUUAACAAAAAUCUCAUCCGAAUGUGUUUUUUCGAAAAGGCGUUUACGUAGGUUUUACUAUAAAGCGACGAUAUUAUAUUUAGUGUAUAAGAUAUAAAUGUUAUUUCAUUUAGUAGCUAUCUGCUAGUCAACUGUUAGUCCGAAAAGUACAGACAUUGUUUUGUGUUUUUUUUUUACAGAAAGUGGUGUUAUCUCUAUAGUAUAAGAUUAUUAUUUUUUUGUGACAAGGUAGCGAUGUGACAAUAGAUAUUUAUCAGGGUUAGAUUAUCGCUGAAGUACAUUUGUUACAAAUUGAUGUAUUAUCGAAAUGUUGAUAAAUGACCGAUAUGUCGAUGUUUAUUGUAAUUAGAGUCUGACCGAAGAUAUAAAACUAAUCGAGUUUUUAGGAUGUUUCCCAUUUGUCCGAUCGUACGACCGGUCAAUCGACCUAGUGAGACUUUAUUCUUGUUCGUCAUGCUAAUCUAACAAACGGAAAAGGGGUUUUCCCGUGCGUCCGAUCGUACGACCGAUCAAUCGACCUAGUGAGACUUUAUUCUCGUUCGUCAUACUAAUCUAACAAAUGGGAAAGGAUGUUUUCCGUUCGUUCUAUUUAACGAGUAUUAUGAUAGAAACUACUAGGCGUAUAUUUUUGGUCCGCUUUUACCGGUUAUUUUGGAACCCUGUUAAAAGUAAUGUCUAUAUAGUCACACAAUCAAAGAAGACUGCAAAAUUUAAGGAUUUGUUUAAUAGAUUUAAAGACGUGGCGACUAACAACAUAAUAUACAUGUAGGUAAUGUCCUAGAGAUUUUAUAAUCUGACCAUUUACAUAUUGAAAUGUAUUUUCAAAAUCCAUCAUAAUUUCUAUACGCGUAAAGCUAUUAAUAAGAAAACACGUCUUGAUCAAGAAAACCCUUAUGUGAUGAGAUUUUACCAAAAAUAUUACUAAUUAAGUUGUAGAUAAAAUUAAUUUGUCUUAAAAGAAAGGAAUUUUGCAAAGUAUAUUUUUACGACUGUACUUAUACUCUAUUACGAUGUGAUGAUGGCUGUAACAUGAUAAUAUGAUGUUUCUUUUGCAUUUGGCUGUAACGUAUAUUCUGUCCUGUUCUCGCAGCGAUCAUCAUAUUACACUGAAUAGAGUAUGAAUUAUGAAUUUAUUCAAUUAUUGGUAUGAAAAAAUUAAAGUAUUAUGCACAAAUCGUCGCUGAAGUCGCAAACUGAAGUAUCAUUACAGAUACGUCAGUUAGCAAAGUCAGCCACGAAAUAUACUAUAAGAGAAAAGAUAUCUUGAGAUUGCUAUCUCUUUCUACCAUGUUUUUAAGACGACUACGAUAUUAUAUUUGGACUAUUUGGACAAUAACACAAAGAUCAAGAAAUAUAUUUUAGUGUAAACACAAGACGUGUCGAAGCUGCUCACUUUUGCCUUUGCUAUUCCUUUCGAUCAUUUGCAUUUAUGUCUAGUGCCAUAGGUAGUGUUUGACAAAUGCUUUAAUGUCCUUUAUAAUAUUUGCUAUUUCGAGCACUCAAACAAUUAUUAUAAAAAUAAACUUUUAUAAUGAGACUGAUUCUAGAAAAAAAUUGUUGCCUUUUCGACAAGUUAAGGUAGACUUUCGACAAUGGACCCUUUUUCACUAAAACGGAAACAGGUGUAGAUGAGAAUAACAUAAGCUCAUGAUUAUAUUCCAAAUGUGGUAGUCAGAGGAACUUCCAUCGCAAGAUGAACUAAGUACGCGCACCUCAAUUGAAUCAGUCAAAAUAGUACAAUUUAAAACUAAGCUGUGUUUUUUAAUCGACUGAUAGAAUUUGAGUUAUGAGUUAUUUAGCAAAUUGCUCGCUAACGUUUUAUGUAUCUCUGCUUUACAUUCCUUAUUUUUUAGACUAAGUUCUUAUAGUGCAAUGCAUCUUUUUUAACUUUUUUUUAAUCGUAGAUACAAUUUUUUCACAAACCUUUUAUUUAUAAUCACGUAAAUCAUAUUAAUUUAGUUUUCUCGUUAAAGUUAAGGGAUUUAUUAUAAUGAAAAUGUCCGUUUUCCUUGUACGUAAUGUACUCAAAUAGGUGCCUUAUAAUGUCCAUUUUACAGGCGUUUCAUGAUUUGGAGAGAACAUUUUUUUUGUUCUGGCUUCCGCCAAAUUCCGUCAAAAAAUGACUAAUUUUCGAAUCUUGAAACGUCUACUUUAUGAACAAAUCAAUAGAGUUUUUGUGCCAUUUUUAAACAACAAUUUUUUUGUAGUUGAUCAUAACUUGUAUAUAAAUAUAUGAUAUGAAAAUAUACAUUUUGUUUCCUAAAUAGAUUUGCUAUUAUCUUGUAAUAAAUAUAGAUAAAGUAAUGUAGUAAUGAAAGUGAUUCGGUAGCUAAAAUUAUGUUGGUAAAAAAAAUCAAGAAAUAGUGUUGCCUAUCGAUAGACUUCGAUAGUUUAAAAAAAACCAAUAGAAUCGAGAGGCUAUCGAUAGUAAUACUAGAUCGAUAGUAUUACUUUGAAACGAUAGUGGUGUCGAUUCCAGUUCACUCCAUCUAAUUUUAUUUGAAGUUAUACCUGUCAUUUUCUUAUCCGCCAAUAAGGAAAGGGACGAGUAAUCGACAGGCAUCAAAUUUAUAGAUGUCAAUUUUAGGCAGAAAUUUAAACAAUCCUCUCGAAAUUUUACAUCGGCCAGUAGCCCGACAGCACACUUCAAACGGGUUGCAUAUCAGCGAUUUGCCCAUUUUAUUCGCCUGGGUCAUUCGUUCAUUCACUCAUUCAUUUCUAAAUUAGCAGUUGUCAAUCAUCCGUCCCUUUCCUUUUCGGGGGAUACGAAAAUGACAGGUAUAACUUAAAAUAAAAUUAGGUGUCUGCAGGAAUCAGGACUAAUAUUGAUAUAAAUGAGCUAUCGAUAGUUUAAGAUUAUUUUCAGGGUUAAAUAUCGAUUGUCAAGCUGUCGAUAGUUGGGCAACAUUAUUAAGAAGUCAAUUUACCAUAAGCGAACAAAACCCACUUCAGUUGAUCUUAAUGUGGCAGAUAUAUGCCUAUUUCUGUGUGUUUUCAUUACACUUAACGGUGCGUCCGUAUAUAUUGCGAUUGCGAUCAAUCGAUGUCGACAAACAGUCCGAUUUUUGCACAACACUGGUACGGUAACGAGUACUAAUAUGUAUACACUUUGAUACCAUGUCACAUUAACUUUUUAACAAAUUAAACCGUAAGCCUCAUUAAAAUGUCAAAUAUGAUAGUGCGACAGGGUUCUAAAGUGGAUACAUGACUGUACAACUGAAUGAUGUUUUUUUUUUAGAUAAGAUUGUAACAACCUGGACGCGUUAUUAGUAUGUCUUUCCUCGCAAUCAUGUUAUUAUUACACAGAUACUUCUUGCUGCUCAAUUUUAUGACGCUGCAUUUAACAUCCUAUUAUGUAUUUAUUUGCCUCAAAAUUAGGAGAAAACUCGUGAGGAUAUUAUUUAUUUAAAACAUCGUCUCGCCUGCUCCUUAUCUUCUAGCACAAUAAUUUUAAAAAUAGAACUGUCAUUUUACGGUGUGAUGGCAAUUUAACAGAGACUGUCAAGUAAAUACUUUUUGAACCACCUAAAUAUAAAUAUUGUUUUGAAUAACUUCUGUGACUUAUGAUCAACAUUUCUCUUGUUAUUAUUGUUUGUAAUAAAAUGUUGAUAACAAAGGUCUCUGUUAAAAUGUCAAUGCGCAAGAAAAAACAGGUAAAAAAUAUUGAUAAUUUUAGACCAUUACAUUGUUUUUGAAAGCUGUGUUGCUAUAUUAGAAAGAAAAUUAUGUUGCAUUCGUAAAGUAAUUAAUUUAUAUUCGUUGUCCUAUGUAAAUGUGAUCAUUAAAACAAAAAUCUAAGUUAUUAUGAAAA